AUGGGUCUCAACUCUCUGCCUCAUCUGACUCCUAGAGUAUCCCGCCCCAAGCAUCGAAAGGUCCCAUCUCGAUCCUCUCUUCGUGGUCUUUCUUCCGACACUGAAUAUGCCGAUGGGGAUGCCGUUGUACCCAGCUGCGAUGUCUGGCUUGACAACUCUAAGACGAUGAGCUACGGAGGUGGAGCCGCCGAUGAUGAAGAUCAGGAUCCAGCUGAUGCUGAUACAAAAGCUGAUAAGGAGAAGGAAUACUGGCUUAGCUUCAAGAACGAAAUCAUUCGCAUCGCCCAUACAUUGCGACUCAAAGGAUGGAGGCGUAUUCCCCUUGGUGGCGGCGAUAAGAUCUCCGUUGAGAGGCUUAGUGGUGCCUUGACCAACGCUGUCUACGUCGUCACGCCACCGAAGGAAAUCGAUGAGGCAGAGGGCAAAAGAAAGCCUAAAAAGGUCCUUCUACGCAUCUAUGGACCACAAGUAGAGCAUCUCAUUGACCGAGACAACGAACUGUCAGUCCUGCAGAGAUUGGCACGCAAGAAAAUCGGACCUCGUCUGUUGGGAACAUUCAAGAAUGGUCGUUUCGAGCAGUACUUUGACUCUAUCACGCUUACGCCGGCGGACCUUCGAGAUGCCGACAUGUCCCGUCAGAUCGCCAAGCGAAUGAGGGAGCUUCACGAUGGUAUUGAUUUGCUCCCACAUGAGAGGGAAGGCGGACCAGCAACAUGGAAGAGUUGGGAUCAAUGGCUUGAUAAUGUCGAGCGAAUCGCAACUUACCUUGAUAAUGAGUACGAGAAGGAAGCUCAAGCCCAAAACGGUCGACGCGACUCUGUGGUGCAUGCCUGGAAAUCGAGAGGCUAUGUGUGCGGCACCCCUUGGCCUCAGUUCAGGGACAUGAUGACCAAGUACAGAGUUCAUCUCAACAGUUUCUACAAGGGGGGCCAACGAGAGAUCAAGGACAGUCUCGUCUUUGCCCACAGCGAUACGCAAUAUGGAAAUAUCCUCCGCAUUCGCCCGGAUGACGAAAAGUCACCCCUGCUUCAGGCUGCCAACAAACACAAGCAACUCAUCGUCAUUGACUUUGAAUAUGCGGGCCCUAAUACUCGUGGUCUUGAGUUUGCCAAUCACUUCAACGAAUGGACAUACAACUACCAUGAUGCUACGGUGCCCUGGGCGUGCGAUGUGCGACGAUAUCCCACCCCGGAUGAGCAACGCCGUUUCAUCAAGGCCUAUGUCGAUCACCGCCCUCGGUUCCAAGGCAGCAACUCCACCCCUCGACUGGCGCCAUCUGAUAGCAACGUGUCGAGCGCCAUGUCUACGCCACUUGCGGCACCUUCCAACCCUCCUGCGAGCAGCUCAAGCUCCAUAGUCGAGUUCAUGCUUGAUGCGCGAGUACCACCAGGAGGAUGGAGCGCCGCGGAACGGGCCAACGACGAACGAAGCGACCAGCGCGUGCGAGAGUUGUUGGAGGAGACUCGACAGUGGCGCCCGGCCAAUCAUGCUCACUGGAUCGCAUGGGGCAUUGUGCAGGCCAAGAUCCCAGGUCUCGACGAAACCAUCAAGGAAGAAGACCUGCUGAGUCCUGAUGAGUUCGAUUACUUGAGCUACGCCCAGGAUCGGGUCAUGUUCUUCUGGGGUGACUGCGUGCGCAUGGGACUUGCUAAGCGGGAGGAGCUUCCUCCCCUGCUGCAGCACUCUAUCAAGACUGUUGAGUACUAA